GUCAUGGAUGACACGCUUGAGCGCCAAAUCUUCGGUGGUUCUGAUUCUGAACUUUCCUCAGAAGUUGAGGACAUCCCCGAACAACGCUACGAUGACCAGCCUUCGUUCCCCCCCCAGUUACCCUCGUACCCAGAAGACCAUGAGGGCUCUGACGCAGAUGAUGAGUACAAGGAGGAGCCGAGAGCAUUACCAAAGUUUAAGAAAAAACAGCGUGAUGAUGACAUUGAAGCAGACCACACUGAAGUCCCUCGACGGAGGAAAAACAAAAAGAACCGCAUCAGACGUGAGGAAGAGGUGGAGGAAGAACCAAUCCCAGAAGAAAAAAAAGAAAAGGAUAUCAAUGAUAAAAUUGAUGCUUUGGUGAAAAGCACCAAGGUCAGAGGAAAGAAGAGGAAAAAGGAUGCCGAUGAAGAUGUAAUGGAUGAGGCGGCAGAUGCGGAAGUUCUUCGCGUUAAGAAGGCUAUGGAAGACGCUGCUCUUUCGGAUCAGGAACACAAUAAGGGGGGACGUCCAGCAUUACGUAAAUUCAAAAUGCUGGGGGAUGUCAUGGAAGUUCUGCAAAAGCAGUCGUUACUGCAGUCCAUCAUCGAUCAUAAUUUCCUUGAAGCAAUUAGACUCUGGCUAGAACCUCUAAGUGAUAAAUCACUCCCUGCACUCAAUAUACAACGCUCAUUAUUUGAACAGUUGAGUAAAAUGUUCAUUGAUACAAACACGCUCAAGGAUUCUGGGCUUGGGCGCAUUGUCUUAUUCUAUACCAAACCUAACAAGCGCGUGUCACCGCAGAUCCGUUCCCAAGCGGAUAACCUUAUUGCACAGUGGUCGCGUCCUAUCCUUAAGCGGUCCGCUUCGUACAGGGACCGUCAUAUUCCUGUUGCCGAGGCUGACGCCCCAGCCGGUAAGCGGGUGGGAGGCGUCAGGUUGUCCGCGAUUCUCGCGCAGGGGCGUGUGGAAGAUGCAGGUCGCGUUCGGAAGAAUGCCGUUCGCAUUCCCGAGAGAACUCUGGCGAAUUUCACGGUUGCUCCAAGAAGCAAUAUUAGCGGAAGCGUACUUAGUACUGGCUCUCCUCUUACUCCCGCCCAGAAGCAGCUGGAACUGGAGAGACGGAGAGCUCAGGCCGACAAAUUGCGCCGUGUCCAGAGGAAGCUGGAGGCCAACAAGCAGCGAGCGGCGAGAAUGCUGUAAUCUAUUACCAUUACUCAUGGACUAUGUGUACUGUAUACCAUGUAAUCAUGACUCGUGUCCUGUAGCAUCCUCACCAACACCAUCUAGAUUUGACCAUUUCCAAAC